AUGUCCACGAUAUCGCCUGCCAAGAUCGUGAGUCAGAGGACGUAUCAGGUUGCCGGCAAACAACAGGUUACGGAGCACUUCUUUGAUGUACCAAAGGAUUACAGUAAGCCGGACGGUGGGUCUUUGCGACUCUUUGCCAGAAGUGUGAAGAAGCAUGAUACCUCAGUCGUCCCCGAGACGCCAAAGGAUAAGGAUCAGCUACCAUGGAUGUGCUAUCUCCAAGGCGGUCCAGGAAUGUCUUGUCGCUCUCCUCAGAACUACAGCUUUACGCAGCCAAUACUAGAUCGUGGCUACCAGCUACUCUAUCUCGACCAACGAGGCACAGGUCUGAGCUCUCCCGUCACGGCCUCGACGCUGCAAAUGCGUGGCGUUGACGAAGUGCAGGCAAGAUACUUGAAGCUGUAUCGCGCGGACUCGAUCGUGAAGGACUGUGAAGCUAUACGACAAGCACUGACCGCUGAUUAUCCCGAGGAGAAGAAGAAAUGGAGUACGAUUGGCCAGUCUUUUGGUGGAUUCUGCACCAUGAGCUACCUCUCCUUCCACCCUGAAGGACUUCGCGAGUGCUUCGUCUUCGGUGGUCUUCAACCUCUAGUCGACUCACCAGAUGAAGUCUACCGCCGUCUCUUUAAGAAAGUGAUCCAGCGUAACCAGACAUACUACGCCAAAUUCUCAGAAGAUAUUGCGAGGGUCAAGACCAUAAUGAACUACCUCUCACGUUUCGGUGAUGGCAAGAUCAAGCUUCCUUCCGAAGGCACCCUGACACGCCGCCGCUUCAGACAGCUGGGCAUUGUCCUCGGCUUCCACGGCGGAGUCGAUAUGCUUCACGAGAUCGUGCUAAAAGCCAGUAUGAAUAUUGAAGCAUUCGGUCACUUGACCCGCCCAACGCUUUCUGCGAUCGACGGUGGUUCGUCAUUUGAUGACAACAUCCUCUAUGCUCUCAUCCACGAACCACUCUACUGUGCAGGUAAUGCACCGAAAUGGUCCGCACACCGCAUGAUGGACGAAUACAAAGACCUCUUCACCCUGGACAAGCCAGCAAACGACGACAAUCAACCUAUCUUCUUCACAGGCGAGAUGGUCUUCCCUCACAUGUUCGAAGACUAUGCCGAGCUACGCAAAGUUGCGCCUGUCGCUGAGAUGGUUGCGAAUGACUCUUCCUGGCCACCUCUAUUCGAUGAAGAACAGCUCGCAAAGAAUGAGGUCCCGGUCUACUGCGCGUCGUACACGGAGGACAUGUAUGUUGACUUCGAUCUCGGGAUGGAGACUGCGAAGAAGGUGAAGGGCUGUAAAACCUAUAUCACGAACGUCAUGUUCCAUGAUGCCAUGAGGAGUAAGAUGGACGAGGUGAUCAAGGCGGUGUUUGCGCUGAGAGACGAUCUUGUGGAGUGA